ACGUUGCGUAACUUUGGUUAGCAGACAUAGUUUUAACUCUUUGAAGCGCCAGAAAUUCCUAAAUUUCUAGACAACUGAAUCAGACAAUUUCGUCAACUGAAUCAACAUUGAUUGGUUUGGACUAUCAAAAUUCAUCACCAACCAAAUUAAAGGUCUUUCUACGAAAGUAAUCAAGAUGGCAGAGGAUACUUAUACGAUUUUCACCGGUAAUAUAAUACAUUGCGAGAAGCUGUUCUCAAUCGAGACUCUGGAAAACGGAUUCAUUAUUGUCAAAGGAUCUAAAAUAGUAGCCAUAGACCAGUUGGAACGUUUAGAGGAGACCAAGAAGAAUUUGGAAAUAAGUAAAUGGCAAACAGUAACUUUGAAAGACACGCAGCUUCUGAUACCGGGUCUCAUAGACACGCACAUCCACGCACCGCAAUAUCCAAACGCUGGUCUUGGCUACGACUUGCCUUUACUCGAUUGGCUACAGAAGUACACGUACAAUUUAGAAGCCAAGUACAGCGACUUAGAUUUCUCCAAAAAGGUCUACGAUGCGAUUGUUAGAAAAACGUUGGGCUACGGCACGACGACUGCUUGCUAUUUCGGCUCGCUAUUCAGGAAGAGCUGCAUGGUUUUGGUGGAUUCCGUGCUUCAACACGGACAACGAGCUUUGGUCGGGAAAAUAAAUAUGACGAGAUUAGCACCGGAGAACUAUUUGGAAACACCUGAAGAAUCGAUUACAGAAACGGAAACUUUUAUAAACGAUGUUCUUGAUAAAAAGUCGCGGUUAGUGAAACCGAUAAUAACGCCUCGAUUUGCGCUCAGCGUCGAAUUGGAUUUGAUGAAGAAAUUAGCGGUUCUUGCAAGUAAAUACAACUGUCACAUUCAAACGCACAUCUCCGAGAACUGCGAUGAAGUUUGUACCGUUAAAAAGAUGUUCGUUUGUAACGAGUAUGCGGAUGUCUAUCAUGAGGCCAACCUUCUCACCAAUCAAACGAUCUUGGCUCAUGGUAUCCAUUUGACCGAUGACGAACUAAAACUGUUGUCCAAAAAAGGUUCAUCUAUCGCGCAUUGUCCAUCCUCCAAUUCGCGUCUACAGUCUGGCCUGUGCGAUGUCAGGAGGUUGAUAGAGUAUGACGUGUCCGUUGGUUUAGGCACUGAUGUAUCGGGAGGUCAUUCUCCAUCAAUAAUAGAAGCCAUGAGAUCUGCAGUAGAUACCUCGAUACAUCUUUCGUAUGGAAAACCUGAUUACAAACAUAUUAACUGUUACGACGCGUUUUGUUUAGCUACAUUAGGAGGAGCGAAAGCUUUAUCGUUGGAUGAUCAAGUAGGUAACUUUAAAGUUGGAAAAGACUUCGAUGCGUUAAUAAUCGAUAUGGAUGUUGAAAAUGGUGCUGUCGAUUUGCUGCAAAGCUGUAACGCUUCUGAACUGUUGCAAAAGUUUGUUUAUUUAGGUGACGAUAGAAAUGUCGUUUCUGUGUAUGUUGCAGGAAAUAAAGUUAAAUAACAU